AUGCCGCCUUGUCCUCGUUGUCAUCGUCACGAUCAUGUUGUUGAUUUUGAUGAUGAUUAUAGUCGUCAUGCUCCCAGUGGUUUUAAUGAUGAUCUUGCUGCUUAUGGUUAUGCUUAUGCUGCUGCUAAUACUCCUCAUGAUGAGAGUGCUGAUUAUUAUGGUGAUAUUGCUGCUCGUCUUCUUACUCGUUUUGAUCCUUCUAUUCCUCUUCGUCUUCGUGGUGAUAAUGGUUAUAUUGGCGCAAACACAAGGUUUUGUUUUUUUAUUGUUGAAGGAUGCGAUGAUUUUUAUGUCUGCGACUACAGGCAUUAAUGUAGGGUGUUUACAAGUAUUUUAUAUUUACUACCUGUCAUUUUACUUCAAUAAACUACUAUUUCUUGAUUCGUUCGAGACAAUGAUUGAUAGAUGAAGCAGUCUUAUCACUUUUCGGAUGUUGAAAAGACUUAUACCUCAAUCAAUCGAAAACAGACUGAUCCUACCUCUUGAAAAAAGACAAGUCAAAUCUGUUAGUCCUAACUUUUGCUUUUCAGCAACCGAUCAUUCAUCAGAAUAAUACAUCAUAUGAAUGCUAUGCUUACAUGUGAAUGAGUAAAUAGAUGCAGAGGUAAUUUGGGGUGUGGGUGUGGGCGAAAACAAGACCCACACCCACACCCACACCCACACCCAAAAAUGGCCAUUUUCUACCCUAGAAUCGCAGCUUUUUAUUCCAGAAUAACUUUUUUUCGCCGUCAAAAGUUCAGAUUCGUAUAGAGCACAAAAUUUUGAGUUAGAAAAGACAUUUUCCGCUAAAAUUUGAAGAGGGAUUCUUUUACAAGGGACCCAAAAUUGAAAAAUAGGGCCUACAUUGUGGUCCAGACUAUAUAGAGAACAAGGGAGUUUUUAGAGGUUCUAUUAUGCCAAUCAUAAUCAGCGCACUUUAAUGUAUAGGAAUAUCUAGCUUUGAUUGAUGAAAAGCGAAAUUUUUUUUUCGACGAUAUCUGAGGGGGAUCUGAGGGACCAAAAUUGAUGAUGUCAUUUUUUUCAAAAUAAACCUGAAAUAAAUAAUCAGGAGUCAUCCCAUAUUCAAACCUAAUAGAAACAAAUUAGUUCCGAAGUAGUUUAAAAGAUUUGGCCUUAUCCGCCCUCCUCCUUUCUAAAAAAAAGCUAUUUUUUGCUUUUCCUAAAUUUUUUUGUACUUCGUAAAUUUCUCGGCUCAGGUGGGAUCUAGAAAAUUUAAAACUCUAUAUAUGCUUAACCAGCAUCAAAAACUCUAUCAAUUGAUAUACAACUUAACUGAAUUCAUUUUCUGCUUCAUUUUUGCAUUAACAGCACCUUACUGUUUUCCUGAAACCUGUUCCUAUUCGUGCGAGAUGGAAAAGUAAUUAUACACAUAUGUUAUGGCCCAGAUUAGAAUUCAGCCCAAUUUAGAAUUCGUCCAGACGAAAUUAGAAUUCUAAUUUGGACUAGACGAAAUUGAAAUUCUAAUUUCGACUGUGAUGAUUAUGGACGAAAUCAAAAUUCUAAUGUCGACCAGACGAAAUUGGAAUAAUUUUUUAAUGAAUGAAAAAUGAUAAAGAAAGAUAUGAUUAAAGUACCAACAAGUAUUUUAUUUUACAAAACUUUUUAACAAAUAUUAUAUAAAUCCUAAACUAAUGAGAGAACCUUACCAAAAACAUAUUUUGGAAUUUUGCCCAGAAGUUUUGUCCAAAUAAAGCUCUCAAUUAGAUGAGCUUUCACAGAGAAUUUCAGAAUUUUUGGACAAAGUUUAUCCGAGUUAUGAAUUUCCAAAAGAUGCAUAUUUUACACAAUAUCGAUGAAAAAGCGCUUGUUGCUUGUGAAAUUCAUAAAUCGGAGAGAAUUUGUCUAAAAAUUGUGAAAUUCUCUAUGAAAGCUAGUCUAGUUGAGACUUUUAUUUAGGCAAAAUUCCACAAUAUGAUUUGGGUGGAAAACUGGGACUCUCCAGGAAAAAUACAUGAAAAAUUCUAUAUCUCAUCAAGAACAACCGAAUAGGACGAAUCCUUUCAAAUUUUUUAUCUACAUUACGAGUCCUACCUAUGAGCAAAAUAUGAGCUCAAACGAGCGUUAUCAGUUGGUGAGGUUCUCUCGUUAGUUUAGAAUUUAUAUAAUAUUUGUUAAAACGUUUUGUAAAAUAAAAUACUUGUUGGUACUUUAAUCAUAUCUUUCUUCACUAUUUUUCAUUCAUUAAAAAAUUAUUCCAAUUUUGUCUGGUCGAAAUUAGAAUUCUGGUUUCUUCCAUAAUCAUCACAGUCGAAAUUAGAAUUUCAAUUUCGUCUGGACGAAUUCUAAAUUGAGCUGAAUUCUAAUUUGGGCCAUAACAUAUAUUUGUUGUUCAUUUAAUCUUUGACCAGAUAAAAAAAAUGAACAAUUAAUUAUAUUCCUAGAUUAUAUGAUUAACUUCAAUCUGUAGGCUUUGCAUGUAAAAAUUAACCCUUUACGGCCGGAUGUUGCCAAAUGGCAAUAUUUUGCCAAUAUCAUCUUAGGAUUUAUCUUAAAGUGAUGAGAUAUAGUUCCUUAAGCUAUUUGAUAAUUAAUUACAUGCAUUUUAGGGCAAACCUAUGCCUUUUCAAGAAAGGAGAAAGCUAUUAUUGAGGAGAGGGAUGAAUUCUUCCGUCAACACCCGAAACAGCUCCCGAGUCGAAAUGAUCUGUUUUCCAUUUAUGCGAGUACUCGAUGCGAGAAGUAACUAGUGGUUAAUUUUCCUCUCCAGUUCCAUUAUCUAUUAUAACAAUAAGAUGAAUCAUUCAGUUUACUCGAAGAAUAGAGUACAAAAAUGUUGCCUUUCGGCAACAUCCGGCCGCAAGGGUACAAAAAGUUGGGAAUAUUGAAUUAUUUUUCCUCGAUGGAAGUCCAAUAAUUUGCUGUUAGUUUUAGUCCAGAUUAUCAAACAAA